CUCAAACUCGUCUUUUGCCCUUCACUCUCAGCUGCCAAACUCUGCUCCAGUUUGUCCCGUUUCCUCCUCUGAUCGACCAGCAGAUUUGAUACACAAAUGGAGCCCCUGAUUAGACGCCAAAGCUCUCAAACUCUUGGUUUCUCUGGUUACUCUGGAGUUGUUGGCCGACCUCGGCAUAGGGAAAGCGCCUAUGCCCACAGUGUCAGCGGAGGGGCGGGCGGCCACGGGACCAGGAUCUCCACCGUUACCUAUGGAACCAGGGUUGGCAGUGGGUUUGGGGGUAGUUAUGAACACCAAACCUCUGGGACCCUGGCCAUCGGGAAUGAGAAGAUCGCCAUGCAGCACCUGAAUGACCGCCUGGCGAGCUACCUGGAGACCGUGAGGAAUCUAGAGAAGGCCAACCAUAAGCUUGAGAUCAAGAUCAGAGAGGUCAUCGAGAAGAAAGGACCUUUAGAAGGGAAGGACCAUAGCAAGUACUUUGCCAUCAUCACGGAGCUGAGGGGCAAGAUCGCCGAAAUGACCAAGGGCAACGCCCACCUUGCAAUUUCUCUUGACAAUGCACGUCUAGCUGCAGAUGACUUUAAACUCAAACUGGAAUAUGAGAUCUCCAUGAGGCAGGCGGUGGAGGCGGAUGUUGCCAGACUGAGGAAGCUUCUGGAUGACACCAACAUUAUCCGCAUGCACCUGGAGGGCGACAUUGAGUCUCUGAGGGAAGAGUUGAUCCAUCUGACGAAGACCCACAAGGAGGCGAGUUUAUCAGUGGAUGUUGCAGAGCUGAUGGCUCAGAUUGCUCAUGUCGGCGUCCAAGUGGAUGUUGAUGCUCCUAAGGGCCAAGACCUGGCCAAGAUCAUGGAGGAAAUGAGGGCUAAGUAUGAGAGGAUUGCUCUGAAGAACCAGGAGGAACUCAAAACAUGGCAUGAAACUCAGAUCACAGAGGUGCAGGUUCAGGUAACUGAGAGCUCAACAGCUCUGAAGGAGGCCACAACUCUGAUAUCUGAAACACGCAGGAAGCAUCAGGGACUGGACAUUGAGCUUCAGUCCCUACUCAGUAUGAAAGCAGCCCUGGAGGCCUCCCUCCGCGACAUUGAAAUGCGUUACAACAUGGAGGUUGAGAAGUACAACAUGAUCAUCCUGAGGCUGCAGGAGGAGCUAACUCAGAUCCGCACCGACAUUGGGCAAAACACCAGAGAGUACGAGAACCUGCUGAACAUCAAGGUGAAACUGGAGGCCGAGAUCGCCGAGUACAGGAGGCUGCUGGAGGGAGGCGCAGAUUUAAUGCUGGAGGAUGCCAUUGACAGCAAAAAAGUCCAGACCAAAGUUGUGACAGUCACUCAGACUCUGGUGGAUGGCAAAGUGGUGUCCGAGAGCAAGAACGUUAAAUCCAGCGAAAAUAUUGUAACGAGCUAAAAAACAUCAAUCUAAGAAAAACAAGCUGUGGACAAACAAUAAAAAGAGCAAAACAAGAA